CUUCCCGUCUGACAGUGGCGUCUGAAUUGAGGGUCACAUUGAGCUGCUUGCUGCUUCAGGGUUGUAUUUAGUCAGCACUAUGGCAGAAGACAUCAAGACCAAAAUCAAGAACUACAAGACUGCCCCUUUUGACAGCCGCUUCCCCAAUCAGAACCAGACCAGGAACUGCUGGCAGAACUACCUGGACUAUCACCGCUGCCAGAAGGCAAUGACUGAAAAAGGGGGUGAUAUCUCUGUCUGCGAGUGGUACCGGCGCGUGUACAAGUCCCUCUGCCCCAUAUCCUGGAAAUUGAACUCAGGCCCUUGCGCUUGUAUCCAGAGCCUAGGCCUGCCCUGA